AUGGUUCACUCCAUCAUGCGCCCCAUGACAAUCGCUGCUGCUGCCGCGCUUGUCGCCAGCAGUGUUCGCGCUUCGUUCAACCCUGUCUAUGCCGACGAGACUGAGGAACAGAGCGGACUCGAUCACGGCCACCGUGCGAGUUUGUUCCCCCACCUUGCAGACAAGUCCGAGAUUAAACCCGAGGAGGUCAAGUCAAAGUUCCGUCGCGAGGCCAACAGCCGGAACCAUAACCACGCCAACACGCGCUCGGUCAUUGCACCCGAGGAGGAUCUCUUCCCUGGGCUUGCUUAUGUCGCCAUUGCUGGUCUGACUGGAUCCCUUGCCGCCCGCCAAGGUGGUACACUAUUGAAAGCCUUAUCUCCAGUGGCCUUCGCCUCCGCCGCCGGAUACUACUUCCUCCCCCACACCACUCGCAACCUCCUCGGUGUCGACCAACCCUCAUACGACAGAUGGGCUUCUUCCCAUGUCUCAUCCUCCUCAUCCCACUCCUCAACUUCAGCCCUCCCCCGCGCUGAUCUAGCUUACAAGGCCCGCGAGGCCUGGCACACCGCCGAAGUCAAGUCCGACAAGAUCGACACCAAGAUCGACAACAAGACCCAGGAGGUCAAGCACAUCGCCGAGGACUCCAUCAAGACCCAGGUCAACGACGCAAAGGCCAAGGCCACUGACGCUAUCGGUAACGCCAAGGGCUGGGUCGAGGACAAGUCUCGCCUUGUUGGGCGCACUAUUGGGAAUGCCUCUGCAUCUAUCCCAUCUGGCUCUGGCUCGCCGUCCCUCAAGUCAGAGACUGAGAAGAGUUGGUUCCAUCACGAUCAGAAUCGUCACCCAGAGUCGACCACUCGUACUUCCAAGUACUGGUUCUCAACCCGCUCCGGAACUGCUGGUGUUGGUGCUGCCGGUGCUGCCUCUGGCCCCGAAUCUCAUGACCACUGGAGUACUGGUGAGGAGCAAGGCACCUCCAAGGUCCGCGAAGAUGAUGGGUACUGGUUCCGUCAGGCUGGUUUCAACAGCAGCGGUGGUCUUGACAACAAGGACGUCGAUGUCUGGUCAUCGACCAAGGAGGAGAUGGGAACUUCUCGUGUGGGUGAGUCUCCCUAUGCCAACAGCCACCGCAACAUCUUUAUCAGCAGUCACCUCCCCCACGAGACCGAGUAUUGGACCAACGGCCAAGAGAUCUCCUCGGCUGAUAUCCGUGAUGCCAGCUACUACAACUGGCCAGGUAGCCUCAACUCUGCCUCCCUGGGUCGCUCUUCCUGGUGGGACCGUCGCUUCCGUAGCUCUCCUGGUGAUUUGGACGCCAGCGUCUCUAUCAAGCCCAGCACCGAGUCUAUCGCCUGGGAGUCCAAGCAAGCUGCUGAGCGCGCUGCUCUCGAUCUUGCCAACCGUCUCGCCCAGGAGCAGUCUAAUCUCGAAAAGAAGGUUUUCGAUACCAGGACCAGAGCUGAGGCUGCCGCUCGUCAGGCCAAGGUUACCAGUGAUGCUUUGAUCCACGAGCGCCAGGUCUCGAUGGAGCGUAGCGCCAAGGAACUCGAGAAGCGUUUCGCUACUGAGAAGGCUGCUGCCGAUCGUGCUGUUGCUGACGCCAAGGCCCGCGCCCAGGCUUGGGAGCUUGAGCAACGCACUUUGGCUGAGCAGACCGCCCGCGAGGUUCAGGAGCGUGUCUUGCGCGAGAAGGCUGAGGCUGAUGCUGCUGCUCGUGAGGCCAAGGCUCGCGCCGAAGCUAUGCUCCUGGAGAAAAAGCGGCAUGCUGAGUUAGCUGCCAAGGAGAUGAAGCAGAAGCUCUCUGCUGAGAGAGCUGAGGCUGAGGCCCUUGCUGCCAAGAACCGUGCCGAGUCCAACCUUGCCGAGAGAAAGCGCGCCGCCGAGUUGUCUGCCCGUGAGUCUUCCAGCUCGAUCUCCCGUGAGCACAGCGCCGACAUUGAACGUGAGGCUCGUCUCCGUUCUCAGUUGGAUGGUUUGAAGGCCGAGAUGCGUGAUAACGCCUCUUCGUCUUCCUCUAGCAGCAGCUGGAGCUGGCCUUGGUCUCAAUCGUCGACCACCACUACUACCAGCACUACCUCGACCAAGCACACUCACGACCACAGCCACGAUGGUUUCGACACCACCGGACAUCUCAUGGAACACAUUGUUGAGGACAUCAAGCAGACCAAGGAUGAUAUUUCCGAUGGUCUUCACAACUUGAAGGAUGCCGUCCUUGGUGCUGAGGCUAAGGCUGCAGAGGCCACCACCAAGACUAAGGAGAGCAUCGUCGGAGCCGUCAACGCUGCCAUGCCCGAGCGUCGUAGCUGGUGGUCAUCUGGUUCCUCAUCCUCCACCUCCUCCCCCGACAUCACCACCAAGAUCUCCGAGCUCGGAACCGGCAUCGAACAUGUUGCCACCAAAGCCGAACGCGACGUCAAUGCCAAAACCGAAGCCGUUGGCAGAGACAUGUCCGAGACCGCCCGCAAGGCCUACGACAAUGUCAUCGAUGCCGCCGUCACCGCCGAGGGCCAACGUGUCUACACUCACCACCACCACGAGCACCAAGGUUCCGCUAAUGGCCGCGACGACCACAACCUGAUGGAUCACAUCCGUGAUGACCUCCAAACCACCAAAGAAAACCUCCAAAGUGGCAUCGAUUCCCUGAAGGAAACCAUCUUUGGAGCCGAACAGACCGCGAACAAGGCCGCGUCCGAGAUCCAGGACGGAGUGAAACAAGCCAAGGAUGAGGGUCGCCGGUGGUGGAGUGCCAAGACCCACGAGACCGAAAAGUCUGCGAACCGGUUGGAAUCUGAACUCCAUGCUGGGUUGAACAAAGCUGGUGAUAAAAUCCAGGAAUUUGAUGAGAGCUUGAACAAUGUUCCUGCAGAUCGUGAGGCGGCUUCGGAUGAUGAUUAUUGGUUCCAUGCUGAGCAGGCCCGUCAGCAGAAGUCGAGACGCGGAUCCGGUCGUGCCAUGUAA